AUGAAGUCCAUUUUGCUGUGCUUGUACCUAUUUGCGCUUGGUUCGCUGGCUGCGGACAUUCCAACCGAAAUAAACAGCGACAGUGUCCAAGACGCGAGCACAAAAUCAAAUGGCAAGGAAAGUUUUGAUCCCGCUUCGGGUAAUUCCAUAAUCACAAAAAGAGCAGCUUCGAAGCGUAAGUAGAUCAUCAGCUGUAAUUGCUUUUGUCUUGCGACAUCUACUGAAUUUUUUUCUGUAACUUUUCAAAUUAGAAUCUGUUAAAAAUUUGAAAUUUUACUUUUUCUAGGGAGAAUUUAUAAGAGCCUUACAUUUUUUCCAUUGAAUCACCAUCAGCUAAACAGUCAUGAAAAACGUGCCAUGAACUUGAAGUUUUGAAUUUGCGAGAACGAAAUAUAGCUGAAGAUGCUAUCUCUAAAACAAGAAGAGUGAAAUGGUCAAAUUUGAAUUGUUACAGAGAGUCGGAGGAAGUGAAUAUUUUAUAAUUCAAUCAUCGUCAUAACCUAUUUUAAUAUCUGGCGCUUUUUUUUUUUUUUUAAUCCACAGACGGUUUCUAUCGACUGAACUUCUCCCCGGUGUGUUUUAGCGCAAGGGGAAACCUCUUUGGCACUGUUACGAUGCCAUCCGCUGGUAGGCUGGCUGCGAUGAAAUUGGUUCACCGUUACGGCUACGUCACCUGCAACAAGCACAACCCCAUUUAUUGGUCUCACUGGGGUUGUGGUCAUUUAAAAGAUUAUGUUAACGUUGUCAUAACAACAUCACUCAACAAAAUCCUUCUGCCACCAAACCAGUUCCUCAAGUUUAAUUAUCAAGCGGGAAAGUGGUCUAAAGUUCCCGGAUACGGCGCGAAUUCCCCAGAGCUCAUUCUGUCGUUCUUCCAUCCUCGUUAUGUUUACCGGGGACAUCAGCUCCGUGUGUGGUAUGGCGAAGACUUGAUGAAUUGGUACGAAGGAGAUAACGCUGGAAGGGUCUGCUUUGAUGUCUAUGCCAGCUACGUCUGA